AUGCUGAGUGGCGUUACCAAGAUCAUUCUUACUAAGGCAGACGUGCUGGAUGGCUUUAACCCGGUAAAGGCGGCUACUGCUUAUGUAGUAGAUGGAAGAGAAACAAAGGAGAUGCCUUAUGAUAUUUGUGAUGCAGUGAUAGCGCCUGUUUACGAAACAUUUGCCGGAUGGGAAACCCCGAUCAGUCAGUGUACCAGCAAGGAAGAUCUGCCCCAGUCAUUUAAAGACUUCUGUCACUUUACCGAGCAGUAUUUAGGCACUGAGAUAGCGUACGUUUCCAACGGUACGGGCAGGGAUCAGUUGCUGAAAAUGGAUUAG